AUGAGUGGUAAAGAUUUCUCAUAAUUUCUUUCAAACAAAGACAAUUAAUCAAUCUAGGAAAGUGUGAAAAAAAGUAUAGAUCCUAAUCUAUUCAUCAAUGAACAAACUCUUAAAUAAAUAGAAGCAGAAACCAACAAGCAUUUUUGGAUCAAUUACUUUACUCAAUCCAUUCUUACAACAUUCAUUGCUCCCUUAACUACCAUAUAUACAUCUUUAUAAUUGUCAGUUAUCCCUCAUUAAAAUAAAUAUGGUGAUUUACCAGAUGAAUCAGGCACUAAAACAUCUACAUAAUUAGUAAAAACAACAAGAGAUAUUCAACCUCAUGAAAAGAGGAAAUUUGAAUUAUUGAUUAAGAGUGGUGCAGUUGGAAGCAAUAAACCAUUUAGAGCUCCUAUUUAUACUACUUAUCGUGAAGCCAUUUAAGGAUUGACAAAUUAGGGAUGGUAGGCAUUUUACAAAGGGAAUUUAAUUGGCAUUAUUCAUUUAUUAGCUAAUAGUCAUUUGAAGAUUAAAUUAUUAUCAGACUUAGAUUUUAAAUUAGGAGUUAUGUGGCAUGAAGGAAACUAAUUAUUACGUUAAGCUGUUAUACUAGGAUUAGCAACUAUUUCUGAUGUUAUUAGCAAUCCAUUUAUGUUAUUUUAAUCUAGAUUCAUAUUACAAAAUAGAUUACCAAAUUUUUAUUUGUAUAAGAAUUUAUUGAGUGCCUUCAAAAAGCAUGUUAGACAUAAGAAAGAAUAUUUUUAAGGAUCUACUACUUAUUUGUAUAAAAAUGGCCUUAUCUUUUUGGUGCAAGUGCCUAUAUAAUUCUCUUAAAAAUUAGAGUAAUUCUAGAUGCUAUAUUUAUACCUUUCCUAUAAUCUAAUUAGUUAUCCAUUUCUAACCAUAGUAAGAAGAUUGCAUUGUUAAGUAUGUUUAUGUAUAAUUUUUAAACUAGUCUACAUUACCUGGGAUGAUCCCAAUCAGGUACUCAGGACCUUUUCAUGCAUUGAGAUUGAUAACUCAAGAAGAAGGAAUUAAAGGUCUAUAUAGAGGAUUUGGGUUAUAUUUGAUAGGGAGUGGUCUAUUACAAUACAUAAUGUUUGGAACUUAAAUAGAUUAGGGAGAUUUUUGAAAUAAUUUGUUUAUAAU